AUGAACAAUCAUCGAUAUCGAAACACAACGGAAAGAAUAAGUUCAAAUAAUGGUCCAUCUGGUGUAUUACUUUGUGUAAUGCGUAUUGCGUUUAUUCUGAUAAUUAUUAUACUUAUUGCUAUGGUUCUGGUAACUGGUGUUUAUUAUGCUGUUGAUCUUGUUGUUCAAGGUGCUUGUCGAACAGUUCAUGAUGAUCAACCUUUUCUAAUUGAUUUGGUUAUUGAUAAAGUAAUCGAAUUGAAUGUUAUGCCCUAUUAUAAUUCUGAAAUCAAUAGAACAGUAAAUGAUGUGAUUAGUGAUUGUCGUAAUCAUAUACAUUUUAGUAAAAAUAUUUUUGAAAAUUAUUGGUCUGUGUUAGAUGAUGAUGUUAAAAACAUGAUGAAUACAUUAAGUGAUCACAUCUUUAAUCAAUUUAUUAAAUCUAUUGGACAAAUUAAUAUUCCUUCCGAUAUUAAUUUACUCGUACAAUUAGUUGCUCAAGCAAAUAGAUCAGAUGUUUCCGUUUUAGCUCAAGAAAUCGAUAAUAAUUUUAUGACAAUGAACAAAUUAUUUGCGAAUAUCAGCAAUUCAAAUUCAACAUUGUCACCAAAUCUUGUGCAAUCGACUAUUGGCGAGGUUUGUUUAUAA